UCAUCUUACUAUAUAUUUUAUAUGUGUGUUUCACAGCUCUUACUGAUUUAUUCUUACAUAACACGAGUAAAACAUGGCAGCAUGGGAGGAGCAACUAUACAUUAUUUACAGAGAAAUGAAACUUAACAUGGUUGACAUUCUUACCAUUUAUAAACCGCGGUCAGAUUGGACGCAGCUACAGAACAUCGCCACUUUACACCACGAGAAGGUUGAGUAUAACUUUUCUUUUACUCAGUUUAAUUUAUUUGUGAUUCAUUUAAAUACUUGUCACUCCACAAAGUCCUGUUAUAACACUAUAUUUGUUAACGCCUUAAUUUAAUAGAUCUAUCUCUAUCUGAGUACUGUGGUAGGACAUAUUAGUCUUAAAUUAGGUAACCCAAUGUGAACCCUAAAAGAAACCUACUUUAUUAGAAGUGCAGACUGCAAGGUCAAUGCACCUUUUAAAUUUGUUUUAAUUGAUAGAAAAGCCUAUUAGUAUCUGUCUUCACAAAAUGGCAGCAUUUUUUUUAUGAAAUUAGGCUAUGCUCUGAAAUUUAUCUCAGAAUAUCAAAGGGUGCUGAAAGUGCAUGUCACACAUAAAACAUAAAUAAAAUACUUGGAAGUUGGAGUUGUAACAUUACAUUUUUGUGAAAUUCUUUAUGUAGAGAGAUUUUGAAUGUUCUCUAUGUUUGCUCAGUGGUCUGAGCUGCAAAAAUCUGUCCUUUAGAUAUGGCCACAUCCAGUGAUUUCCUGUCUGAGGACCAGUUCCAGUGCUCCAUCUGUCUGGACAUUUUCACUGAUCCUGUAUCUAUGCCGUGUGGACACACCUUCUGCAAGGCCUGUCUGACCAGGCACUGGGCAGGCAAGCAGGAAUGCCAGUGUCCACUGUGCAACAACAAGUUCGACAAAGACCUCAAACUGUCUGUCAACACCACAUUCAAGGAGGUUGUGGACAACUUCAAGAAACACCAUCCAACAUCCGACGCUACUUCCUUGUUAAAACCCUGGGAGGUGUCAUGUGACGUUUGCCCGGCAAACAAGAUCAGAGCCUCAAAAACCUGCUUGGUGUGCUUAGCCUCUUUUUGUGAAACACAUUUAGAGCCUCACUUGAGAGUGGCUGCCCUACGAAGACACAAACUCUCAAAUCCUGUUCCCGACCUGGAGGAGAAAAUAUGCAGGGAACACAACCGGAUUUUGGAGUUCUUCUGCUUGAAUGAUCAGAUGCGCCUCUGCGCCUUGUGCACAGAGCAUAGCGAUCAUGGCACAGUCAGCUUGAAUGAGGCAUAUUUAGACCAAAGAUCUCACAUCUGGAGGAGGAAAGAGAGUGUACAGAAAACUGAACAGCAAAAGAAUAAAAGUGUACAUGGUAAAAAGAGGGGCAAAGGGGUACAACGAGAUAAUGUGAAGGCUCAAACAACAGCGCCACAUCAUUUUACUGGAUGUAACUGCAUGUUUCAUAACCAAGGUAUCAUGAGAGGAAAAGCUUUUUAUGACAUUCAAGUCAAUAGGCUAGAUGAAUGUGAUUUAGCAGCAGUUAGAGAGUCAGUUUUAAAGACAAUGACAUUCCCACCAAGCUGGGAUGGAUGCUGCUUUGCAAGGUUUAGAGUUAGGAGGAACACUAAGAGAAUAUUGGUGCUUAUAGAUUAUGACUAUGGGCUUGUACUUUUCCUUGAUCCAGAUAAUGACAUCCUGAUGCACAAACUUACAGGCAGUCAAUUCAAUGAGCAGAUCUUACUGUGCUUUGUUCCCAGGCAAUGUGAGCCUUUUAACUUUGUGCAGAGAGAUUCAGAAAAUUUCUUCUUGGGGCUUGGUGUGUUUGUGAUCUUUUGUCUAAUGUUAUACAUCAGUAUGUGAAGAUAAACCAAAUUCAGACAGGGAUUUAUGGAGACCUGAUGGUGCAGUUUGUCAUAAAAUCAGUAAACUGAUUCAUAAAUCAGAAAUACAAUAUACAUAUUUAAGGUUUGCAUUCAAUUUUUUUCCAUUUAUUGUAUUUCUGUUUAUCUUUGGAUUUCUGUGUAGAUUGAAGAUGUAAUCUAUACACAUAGUUAAAGUAAAAUAGUGUUUUAUGGGGUUUUAUGAAAGUGGUAUGGACUAAGCACUGUAUACACAUGGUUGGUUUAAAAAAAUCUGUCUUUACAGUUUGUGCAUUGUUUAACAAGAUCAAAAAGGUUAUUAAACCAUUAAUAAUUUUUACAUGCAUUAUAAGAUGUUGCUGGGGCUUUAUUUGCAAUGGGCUAGGGUU